AUUGGUUUAAGCAGUUGGGAAAUUCCCAGUUAUUGAAAUUGGGCGAUGGUGGUACUGCUUGUUGUAUUUUAAGAAUAUUGUAUGUAUUUAAAGUUAUUAUUUGCAGUGUUUGAAGGACAGUGGUUUGUCUACACAUAUCGGCUGCUGAUGGCUACCCAGUGGGACACUGGUAGGUUAUUGUGAGAGGUAGAGGGGUGGAAAUCCGGGGAAUACUGUCUAAUGGCGAACGGGCCCCUGGCAUCUCGGGGCCCCUGGGAGGAUGGUUGUCCUCCAGGAUCCUCUUGGCUUCGUAGCUCCUCAGCGAGUAAGUCAGAUGAGGGACAAGAUGACCGGGUUGACAGCGGGCUUGGUUCCCUAAACGAAACCUCGGCCAAUCAGAUUAUGGGGGAGAAACGUUUUAUUGAAUCUGGGGUCGGGCAAGUAAGUGAUGGUUGGGCGCUUGGUCUUAAGGAAGAGGCUUUCUCUAAUCUUACCGAGAAAAUGUUUGAUUUCUUUGACAAGCAGCAAAUUGGGAUAUGGCAGUUUACCACUAGUGAUUCGGGUCAAACUCAAGAACCGCAAGGAGCUUGGUCUGGUCAGGUGUCCAAGAUUUGUAAUUCUGGCUCCGAGGACAGCGACACCUGUUAUUCACAGGUGGAUAGGUUGGAUUCGGCCCUGGGAGAAUCUAUCACUGAAGAGCUAGCCAGUUCUUUAAAACAGACCAUAUCGGAAGGCAGCGGACUUGGUGGUAUUCAGCAGGGUGUGGAGACGCUGAAGAUCACUGAUGCACCUGGAAAAUAUGGCAUUUUUGCACCUGAAAUAGAUUAUGUGUUGGGCUAUCUCAGUGAAGACGGAGAUACAGCCCUUCAUCUAGCAGUGAUCCAUGAGCAUGAACCCUUCUUGGAUUAUAUCCUGCAGUUUGUGGAAGGAGAGGAUUACCUAGAUGUGCAAAAUGACUUGGGACAGACUGCAUUGCACAUUGCUGUAAUUAUGGGAUUACAUCUCAUUUGUGAAAAGCUGAUUUUGGCUGGUGCUAAACUCUGCAUUCAGGAGAGGUCUGGGAAUACUCCAUUGCAUAUAGCAUGCAGCGAGUCACAUCAGCAGUGUGUUGAAGUUCUUUUGAAUUGUAAGGGUCUGCCACCACGCAACCAAGAUCAGAUUACUCUGCAGUUAGACUGCAGCAACUACGGAGGUUACACAGCUCUUCAUCUUGCUAUUCAAAAGAAUGAUUUAAAGUCUGUGAAAGCUCUUCUCUCUGCUGGUGCCAAUAUUAACAAACAAGAAACAAGUUGUGGAAGAAGUCCACUACAUCUGGCUGUAGAGGCUCAGAACCUUGAGAUAGUCGAGUGGUUACUGAUGCAAAGAGCAGAUGUCAAUGCGAAGAUGUGUGCUGGCUACACGCCAAUGUACAGUGCUCUUUUCCGGCCUAAUGAAGAGAUACAGGAUUGUUUGAGAAAAUAUGGUGCAAAGGAUCCUGACUUAGAUUCAGAAGAAAGUGAUGUUGAAGAUGCAGAAGACACUGAUACUGAGUAUGACGAUAUUUUCUUCAGUGGUGCUGUGGUGUAAUUUCAAAAGUGAAUGAAUUAGUAUCCUCCAUAUUCCAUCUUUAACUGUAUUGUGCCUGCUGUGUAUGAAAUCCAGUGGAAAAAUAAGUGAAACUGUGAACUGUAUCUGCUGCUGUGAACACCUGUUUAGAACUUCGUGUUGGGUUAAAAGCAAGAAUCUUUAAGUUCUGUAGCUGUGCAUUGUUGCCUUGUGUCAUAUAAAUGUAUGUCUGUAGAUAUGUAUCAAUGUAUAUUGCGUAAAGCAAAUGCACUUUUUAGUCGACUGCCUUUAUCUUCAUUUUUGACAGUUGCCCUCUUUUUUUCCAUGUACAGUUUACUUUGUAUUGUUUUAUUUUGUCCAUUGCCAGUUCAUAGCACUGUGAACCUGCAAGUGGCUCACAGCUGAAGUAUGUCACUAGUCAUUUUGUAAUUGAACUGGAGCCUUUCUGCUUUUAAAUUCCUGUUUUGUUCUUUUCUUCCUAGCUUCCGCAGGAGAACUCUUCUUCCUUCUACCCAAUAGACUCUGACCUCCUAAUCUCAGUGCUUUGCCAUGUACUUGGCUGAUUUUAGGAUUGUUGUUCCUGUACUGCUCCACAGGCAAAGUGCUUUGUGUUGGGACCAUACAGUGCCACAUAAUUUUUGCAAAGUGUAAUAUCUCAUUGAUGAAAUUGUUAAUGUAUUGUCUGGGAACCUUUCAGUCUCUGUAAUUACUCUGCAGAACUGUGCAUAAUAACGGUUUCUGGCAGCUUGUCUUGUAGCAAAGUCAGACAAAUGGGGGUGUUUAUUCUCACCCAUACUCUAGAACAGCCUGUCAGUUGCCAAUAUUCACUGAAGAGGAGUGCAUAUGCUGUUCCCCAGCAAUCAUUUGGGGCAGUCAAGCCACAUGUCAGCCAGUAACGUAUUGCCCCCCCCCCAAAAACACUAGCUUUCAGUUAAUUCUGCCCCCCC